AUGGCUUCCUUUGUUUCAACCCCUGCAUGUCCAUUGGCUACCCUUCCCCCAUCAAGGGUUAGAGUCCCUGGUAUUCAUAUCAAUAGUUUCUCAGUCAAUGUUCGGCCUCUCUUCUCCGGUUUGAAGCAACUCCCAGGAAUCCAACUUGAGGCAGCAGCAGCUGCUGCAUCCUAUCCGUUCCGCUCUAGAUGCUCUAGGACUCCAAUUUCUUGCUCUGCUCAGGCUGAGACUUUGCAAACCGUCCAAAGCACCAUUGCGAAGCAACUAUCAGUAGAGGUCAGCUCCGUGGCUCCUGAAACCAAAUUUGCUGACUUGGGGGCUGAUUCCCUCGACACGGUGGAAAUUAUGAUGGCUUUGGAAGAACAAUUCGAAGUGUCAAUUGGUGAGGGUGGAGCUGAGAACAUUGCCACAGUUCAGGAUGCUGCAGACCUUGUUGAGAAACUGAACGCAGAAGCUACCUAG